AUGAGGGGUUACAUCACCUUUGUGGAGAACUGGGCCAUAGGAAAGGAGUUCAGGCGGCGUGAUGGCGAUCCGAAGCGCAUGAUCGCCUUUCAGCAAGCGCUGAACUACACCCACUCGAAAUAUUGGGAGAAGAUGUAUCCUCAGAAUUACUACCUCGUUCUGCUUGCAACCCAUCCAGACUAUCGUCGGCGCGGUGCGGGCACUGCGCUCACUCAAUGGGGUGUCGACCAGGCUCUAGCUGCGGGCAUUGACGUAGGCCUUGAGGCAAGUCCGAUGGGAUUUCCACUGUACCAGCAUAUGGGCUUCGUUCUGUUGGAGAAUCUGGUAAUUAAGCCAGAUGCGGAUGACGAUCCUGCGAGUAUGCUGCUGAGGGUUAUGGUAUAUGACAAGAAUAACAAGUUCUCAAUGGUCUGA